AUGGACAAAUAUGGCAUUGGAACGGAUGCGACUCACGCUGAGCACAUUGAAAAGAUCAAGACGCGCGAAUACAUUGGCGUGAAAAGCGAUGGCAAGGUGGUACCGUCUUUACUUGGCCUCUCAUUAGUUGAUGGCUAUGAUGAUAUGGGAUUCGCCAUGAGCAAGCCGGACCUUCGCGCGAAUCUUGAAAUCGGGCUUAAAGACAUUUGUGAGGGUAGAAGGUCAAAGCAAGACGUGCUGCGCGAACAAAUUGGCAAAUACAAGGCGAUUUUCAUAGAAGCCGAGAAGAACAUUGAUUUUCUGUCGCAGUCGCUUCAACGAUAUCUGGCGAAUCGCGAUAAUGUCGCCGGUGGGCCUCCGAGAGGCGGACUCGGUGGUCCGAGAGGCGGCGGACGAGGAGGCGGAAGGAAGAGCAAUCCGAGGCCAACUCCGCCGACGUCUGCGACCUCAUCGGGAGGCGAGAUGGUCACCUUGAGCGAAGAAUUUGGGGACAUAAUGGGAAAUCGGGGAACUCGAAGAAGUCGAGGUGGAACGACGAGAAAAAGUGCCGCAAGAAGAUCAACUGACGCUCCGCCAGCUGAAGAGCAAAUAAUGUGCAAUUGCGUUCCUCCGAGCGCCGCCGUCGUCAAAACCGUGCUGAAAGAGGGGCCGAAUAAGGGCAAAAAAUUCUGGUCGUGCUCGCUGCCGUUCACAUCCGCCGACAAGUGCAAUUUCUUCAAAUGGGUCUCAUGA